AUGGCGGAGGUCGGUGAGGGUAGCGGCCCGCGGGAAGAGGGAACCGGCACCGGGUCCGCGGGUCCCGGGUCUCCGGGCAACGGGUCUCCAGGCAACGGGUCUCCGGGCAACGGCCGGAGCAGGAAGCUGGUCCUCCAUGUCGACCUGAACAACACCAUCCUGGUGUCGGACGCCGUGACGGGCCACGGGACGGUGGCCGCACUGGACUACUUCCUGACCACCGUGACCUGGGGAAAGAUGAGCAAACAGGGUGUGUGGGAGUGGCUGAGCGACGCCCCCUCCCUGCUGCCCCCCCGCAGCGACGCGGUCAGCUACUACUCCCAGUUCGGACGCGUAAAGGCCUUCACCUCCGUGGCCGGCCGGCCCUUCAGAGGGGUUUUGGACCAGCACCUGGAGCUGCUGCUCUGGCCCGAGGGCACUAAGGCAAGCAAAGCACUUUUGAUCAUUUUAGGGAUUGACAGCCAACGCUGGUUUAUGUUGCAGGCGUCUAGCCAGGCUCUGUUCGGGAGCGAGCUGGACCCGGAGGGCCCCCCCCCGCUGACCCCCGAGGCGCCGGCCGACCUGUUCGCGCACGCCGCCGACUGCGCCGCCCCGUCCUACAGCAACAUGGAGGAGGUGGACUGA